GGAAAAGCUAAUUUUCUCCUUGGGUAAGAUGACAUAAUUACGAAGGAUGUUUUUCUUUCGACUCAAAUCGGUGACAGUGCACAAAAUACCAGAGCUAUAUAAAACUCUACGACAAAGUCACUUUCAAGUAAUGUCAUGGAUGGAUGUGAACGGAGUAGUUUUUUACGUUAGUUAAAGUCAUUAUUUUAUUGAAUUUUUCAUUAAAUGGAUGUCUGUAAGAUGGGAAAACAAAACAACAACUUCGAAUAUUUCAAGCCGCAAAACGGUAAUUUGCUUAUGGCUUCGGGAAGCGACUCUGAUGAUUGCAAAGAUUCAGACUCGAAGGAAUUGUUUACAUUGCCGAAGAGAAAGUUCAUCCGUUCUAAAGGGCCAAAAAGCCAAAGAAGAAGCUGUUUCUGCUGUAGAGAAAUUUGUGGAGCAGUUGUUCCAUUAGUAAUAGCUGUAUUCAUAAUCGCAACUAUGGUGUCCAUCAGCUACAUUAUACUGGGUGUAAGUGGAAUGAGAAGGGAGAUAGAAUUAUUAAAAAUACAAUUAAAUAAAGUUAAGUCAGAUGAACAGAGUGAUUUAUUAGAAAGCAAAAGCCUAAAAGGUGAUGUUCAGGGUAAAUUGGCAGCAAUAGACAAAAAUGAAAAGGAAAUACAAAGUCUCAAAGGACAAAUAAAGUUUCUUUCUUCACAGGUGAAGCUGCUAAAUGCAACAAUCAGCAAACCAAAAGAAACUCAUGGGUCAUCAAAGACAGUACUUUCUGUAAGCAAUGAUAUUAAAAUGCUUCAAAAAGGAAUGGCAGAAACUGGUGGAGAAAUUAAAAAACUUUCAGAUGACAGUGAAGGAACAAAGAACACAAUCACUGUUCUUUCCAAAAUUGUUAAGUCGCUGAAGACAGAUAUGUCAAAACUAUCAAAAUCUGUUUCUGAAUGGGACAGAGGUCCUUUGCCAACUGAAGUACCAGAUACUCUGAAACCAUUGAUUGUAACAACAUCCCCACUGGACAAAGCAAACAGUGAACAAGAAUCGUUGCUCAAGGUUACAAAGCUUGUUAAAAAGAUUGUUGAUGGCUACAGUGAAUUAUUCAAAAAUAAAUCAAGCCAUAUGAAUAAGGAGCUUGAAAGUGUGAAGGCUCAUUUGAAGGCUAUUAACGACACGCAUACAUCAAAUAUCAUCACAAUUGAACACAACAUUGCUGCUCUUAGUAAUGCAAGCAAUUUACAUAGGGAGCGAAUCAAUGCAAUUGCUAAGAAGCUAGAUUCUGGACCAAUGCAGCAAGGGAAUACAUCAUCCGAGACCAAAGUGCUUGGUAUUGUCAAAGAAAUUCUUGUUGACCUUAAGAAGCACCAGGUCAUGAUCAGCAACUUGACAAGGCGAAUAGAAAAUAUGGAGGGGGUAAAUAGUCAAAAAAGAGAAGAACUGUCCAGUGCUCCAACCAAAUCACCUCAUGCAGAGGAGGCAGAAAAGCCUGCAUUGGAGCCAACAACGCCUGCAAAGGAGGCAACAACGCCUGCAAAUGAGGCAACAACGCCUGCAAAGGAGGCGACAACACCUCCAAAAGAGGCAACAACACCUGAAAAAAAGGCAACAACACCUGAAAAAAAGGCAACAACACCUGAAAAAGAGGCAACAACUGAAGUACCCUAUGACCUUAAAUCAUCAAAGCCACCAGCAACAACAUCAAACCCUACUGGAACCUCUGGCGAGCCAAGCUCUCAACAGCUAGGGUUGACCACAAAGUCUGCUAUUUCGAAAGCUUUCGUAAGCACAAAGCCUCCUGUUGUCACAGACGCCAUUCCCGUAUCAACAGAAGGUCCGUCAAAAAAGCUUGAGAGCAAAGGAACGACCCUAGCUGUUGUUAAUGCAACUGAUGGUAAUCAUGAUGCUUAUAAUGUCACUAACCCUGUUACUAAUGUUGAUUUAACAGUGCCGGUAACUCCCGUGGCGCCUAAGUCAAAGGCACAAAACCCAAUAACAGCAGAGUCGACGCCAAAGGCUCCUUUGAAUAAAACUAGAGCAACCACUACUGGAGUUCAUCCUGUUAAGGAAGAAGUAGCUGACGAGGAACCGAUGGAGGACUCAAGACCUUCAGAAGCUCCGUUAAAUGACGAGGUAAGACAGUCAUUUCAAGGAAAAAGAGAGACAGACCCACAAGGAAUGGACCACUUUGCAAGCGAUAGCAGUAAAAACUUUAGGUCCAAGAAUGAAGAAGACCAUCCCAGGAGAAAUAUGCCAGAAAAUCCAGACAGUACUGUUUCAGAUCCAAGCAAGGGGGUAGAAUCAGAUGACACUAAUGGAAGGUUUGAUGCCCUCGAUAGCCUCGAUGAUGCAGCUUAAAGCCCACUACAGUUUCCAUCGAGCCAUAGACUGACAACAUCACUUUGACGGGUUAUUCGCAAAUGAUAAUAUGCUUUUGUAUAACAGAUUGUAAAUUGGUUUUCGUGUUUUUUGUAACGAAUAUUCUUUCACAUUUAGAUGUUCUAGUAAUUAGAUUAUUCGAGAGGCACGUGGAACAGUCCUUGAAACUCUCUUCAGAAAUUUUUAUUUGUAUGUUUGCGUAAAUAAAGUUGAAUAACCUGAUUUACUGGAACUUAGACGCAGCAAACCUCCAGGUUUGAUGAUUCCAAAUUUGAAUAUUUUUAUUUAUUUCCUCUUACCGCACAGGCUGUCUCUUGUUUUUAAGUUUUUUUGUUUCUCCUUUUAUUCUUCACACCAAAUUUUUUGUAUGUUGAAAAAAUUUUGAAAAUCCUCUGGUGGAGGGGAGUAUUUUUUUAAUUGGUGGAACCCACAAAAACCCCAGCGCCAUUGCUGUGUUUGGGUAAGUCUGUUGUUUGAAUAACAUUUUCGUCAGGUUUUUUUCCGUUUUCAUUUCGUCUUUUUAAGCUUCUAAAUCUUUUGAUGAUAUUGUUUCCCUGUGCUAAACAAAAACUUCUCCUUUACUCAUAAGAUGAAUGCAUUUUUUCAUUUGGCUUCACAGCAUGUAAACUUUGAGUAACCCAAAUCUCUGUAAGAUUUGUUGAGCUAAAGACCCACUGACCAACUUUUAAUCAGUAGACUAUUUUGACCAACCGAUUCAGAUUUAGAGACCAGCUUUGACGGACUGCCAAUCUUGAUUGUUUCAUUCCGCGCAUCUUAACCUAUAACCCCACAAAAAUUCACUGCUUUCAUUCCCUAUUUGCGCCUGGAAUUCGUUUGGUCUCUCUGCAGAACAACACAGCCUACAUCAUAGUUGUUCAUUCUUGCCCAGGGAGCCCAAGGCCCAAGCAAGCUGCCUGUAUUCCAGGCAAUGCCCCUAAUUAAGUGCUGCAUGAAAAAUAAUUGCAAUUUAAUUAGACAACAUGCAUCACGUCGUAAGUUGAAGCAUUUAUUCUGUUCGGUAAUGUUACAUUAACUAUCCUUUCAAUUAAGUUAUUAUAAUGAGUUAGCUAAGUAAACAUAAUUCGAUGGAAUAGCACCCUCUGUAGAGUGUUUGCGAUGAAAGAUGUUUCCUAAAAA